UUGCAUCACCCUCUCCUCUCGCGAUUCUCUCUCUCUCUCUCUCUCUCUCGUUUCUCUCUCUUCGCGCAAAUCGGCCAGCCACUUUGGCCGGCGAUUUCUCCCAACUCCGGCCACCGUUUCAGGCGGGACCGGUCCCAAAAUCUUCCUCUCAACGUCCUCUUUCUAGCCUAGUUAUUUUCGCAGCUCGAAAACUUAAGGAUUGGCGGUUGGAACGACGGGAAGUUUCGGCAGCAGCUGCCACCGUCGCCGUCGACGUUUCAGGCCACCUCGCGCUGGUUCAAAAGUGGGUUCUGAUUCUGAACCAAAGCAAAUUCGUUGCAGCAUCGCACCGCAGAGAUUUUACAAGUACAAAUAUGGAGCCCGAGGUGGUUCAUGCAGAGCUGGUGUUGCCAACCCACUUGAGCUUCAAGCGGAUUCAAAUGUACGAGAAGUACCCAAAAGGCCAAUCAAGAGGGAGACACUGGAAACACCUCAAGCAGAUCAUUCAGGCCGAGAAUUACCAGAAUUACCCACCCAAUGAACCCAAUUAUGUUAAUAUAGAGUCGCCGCCCUCUAUGCAUCCAUGCAAGAGAAUUUGUGAUAUAACAGGAUACGAGGCACCUUACUAUGACCCAAGGACCGGCCUCCGCUAUGCCAAUGCUGAUAUCUUCAAGCUCAUAAGAUCUCUCCCCAAUGAAUAUGUCCAAAGAUAUCUGGCUCUCAGAAAUGCCGCUGUGGUUUUGAAGUAACAUUUGGUACUUUUCAGCUUCCCAAGGCAGGAUUCACUUUUUCUCGGCUUCAAUUAUCCUUGAAACUGGAAAUAUUGUAACUGUGGUAUGUAUGCUUAAAAGGAAAUUUGCGUUGAAGUGUUAAUAAUUUAAACAAUAUCAGAGAUACACUAGUGUAUAUCAUAGUUUGGCAUUUUCCAGUUCCCAAGUUUAUUUUUGAUGUGUAAUAUGAGUUUAUUCUUUGAUCUC